CCCGCCCCGAUUUUCGGGCUCUUCGUGCGUGAUGACGUAACGUCACUUGCUCGUGCGUGAUGCUAGUACGAGCAGAUUUGGGGCCGUCCUUCUCCCACCGCCGUUCGCGGUGUGGUUGCCGUGGUAACGGUCCCUCGCUUAGGGCCUGGUAGGUCCGGGCUGGGCCAGGCCUAGAAUGGCUGCUGCUGCGGGGGCAGCUGUCGCAGCGGCGACGGCGGCACAGGACGAAGACCCCCUUUUGCCUGGGCCCUCCAUCGGGCGACGGGCCGUCUGCUCCCGACCCUACUUCGUCGUGCUGAUGGUUUUCGCGCAUCUCUACGUGCUCAACGUGCUGGGCUUGCUGCUCUUCGUGCACAUCAGCUCCGAUGAUGGUGGAGAGCCGGAGCUGGGCAAAGAGGCCCCUGGUCCCGCCCAAGAUCCGCCCGCGUUACCGUUUUCUCCAGGCAGCUCUACCCCUCAUGUCCUACCUCGCCUCGAGGGCAUCAAGGUGGGCCAUAAACAGAAAGUGGAACUGCUUCCUAAUAAAAUCCAUUUCAUGAAAACUCUCAGCUUGAAACCACUUCUUUUUGAAAUUCCAGACUUCCUAAAUGAGGAUGAAUGUAAGUUAAUUAUUCAUUUGGCUCAGCUGAAAGGGCUGCAGAAAAGCCAGAUUCUGCCCACAGAAGACUAUGAGGAAGCAAUGGAAAUGAUAGACAUCAGCCAGAUGGAUAUCUUUAAUCUUCUAGACCACAACCAGGAUGGACAACUGCAGCUCAAGGAGGUGCUGACACAUACCCGUCUAGGAAAUGGUAGGUGGAUGACACCUGAGAGCAUCCGAGAGAUGUAUGCUGCAGUGAAAGCAGACCCAGAUGGCAACGGUGUGCUGAGCUUGGAAGAGUUUAAGCAACUGAACAUCCGGGACUUCCACAAAUAUAUGGGAAGCCAAAAAGUGAAGAUGAGUGACCUGGUGCGGAACAGCCAGCACACGUGGCUAUAUCAAGGUGAAGGGGCACAUCAAGUCAUGCGCUCCAUACAGCAAAGGGUGAUUCACUUAACCCGUUUGCCCCCAGAGAUUGUGGAGCACAGUGAACCCUUGCAGGUGGUACGCUAUGACCAGGGAGGGCACUACCAUGCCCACAUGGACAGUGGGCCAGUGUUUCCUGAGACCGCGUGUAGCCAUACCAAACUGAUCGCCAACGAAAGUGCUCCAUUUGAGACUUCGUGUCGCUACGUGACAGUGCUCUUCUACCUGAAUAAUGUGACAGGUGGUGGGGAGACCACUUUUCCUAUUGCUGACAACAGGACUUACGAAGAGUUGUCUCUAAUCCAGAAUGACGUUGACCUACGUGACACACGUAAACACUGUGAUAAGGGAAACCUGCGUGUCAAACCCCUGCAAGGCACUGCUGUCUUGUGGUACAAUUACCUGUCAGAUGGAGAAGGUUGGGUUGGGGAGCUAGAUGAAUAUUCCUUGCAUGGCGGUUGCUUGGUCACUGAAGGAACCAAAUGGAUUGCCAACAACUGGAUCAACGUUGAUCCCAACAAGAGGCGACAGCUCCAGUUCCAAGAGGAGAUGGCUCGAUACACAAACGGUGAGGAUGAAGACCAAAGCGAGUGGACCGUGGACAAAUCCUACAGCCACGUACAUGUAGAACUGUAGAGCUUUGAGGUGUCUCUGCAGUGGCUCGGGAGAAAACGUUUUUUUGCACUUGCCAGUUUCAGGCCUGUAACCACCCACCUUUCCCCAUAUAGAGAACACUAGCCAUGUUCCAGUCUUGCGUUGCUGACUAGGCUAGAGGAAGCAAAGACUGCAUGGUGCAUGGUCCCUACAGCAAGGGAAAAGGCAGGGGCUGGCUGUGUAGGCUAUGACUCACACUUGCAUACUUCUUGAAUGGCUAGCUUUGCUGCAAGAAGUUCUGGAUCUCUCUGAGCGAGCCCUUCCGAUAGCCUUACCUCUUCCUCAUUCUGAACCAUUUGCUGUACUGGAAUGCUGUUCCUCCUCCUCUUCUCUCCCUGGCAUUGUCGCUGCAUUCCUGGCACCAGCGGUUCUUUUCUGCCCCAAGAUCUCCACUCUCUGUGAGCAAGUAAGCUUGGGUCACAUGAAAAGUCGGCAAUGUGGAGCCCCCAGUGGCAGCUGGGUCCCACACCAGUAAUUCCAGGCGGUGUUCUGCUGCUCAUUCUAGGUGGAGUGCAAGUGUUGCUCUUUGCUCCUGCAGGCCAGGCCAGCAGGUCGCCAUUUUGCAAUGCACUCUUGUUUAUGUGUACUCAGAUGUAAGCCUCACUGAGUUCAGUGGGGCUUAUUCCCAGGUAAGUUUGUAGAGAGUUGCAAGCUUGUGUACAUAGUCUUAUAAGUGGGGUCUUGAGCAGCUGUGUGUUAAGGAAGAUGCAGGGGCUGCAGGUACUGGAAUCAUUCCAGGUGAUUUCUAAUGCUUAUCAUGGAGAAUUCUUCUCAGGGUCAGACAUGGUUCUGCAUAAGGACAUGGUUCUGAAAUACGUAUUGUGUUGACUAUCAGGGAAAAGGGAAGUGUUCGAGUGUGCAAUAGCAGCUGGCGUGCUGCACUUGCUGAGAUCUUCACUUCGGUAACUUGGUUUAUGUUUCUUCAGUGUAAGUCUUGCAUAUUUUUGCUGAAGAAAUUUUUCACUCCAUUUAGUUUUGGUUUUGGGCCAGCAGCAUAGUUGGUCUUCCUCCAUUUCCUAGCAGAUCAGUAUCUACAAUAUACACAGUUGGUUCAGACCAAAGGUGUCUGCAGAGCUAUACAUCAAGCUAGCAUGUCAAGUCACCUUAGCUAAUCUAGAAAGGCCUGGGCCUGCAGCCGGAUGGGAGACCACAUAUGGAAGCGAAGCAGGGAGUUGGAUUCAGUGGCUUUAUCAACCCCUUUCAACUCCUGUCCUGUCCUUUCCCAUUCCAUUCAGUCUGCUUCUUGCAGGGUCCAGCCAGUUGCUGCUGGGAAGCCACAAGCAGAACAUGAGAACCAAAAGGCAUUUAGUGGCAUAUUGUCUCUGGACAUGGAGGUUCCACAGAGCCAGUAGCAAUUGAUAAACCAGUCCUCACUGAAUUUGUCUAAUUCCAUUUUAAGGCUGUCUGAUCUAGUGAUCAUGUUAGGUCACAUCAUGUGAGUUCCAUAAAUCAGUUGUGUGCUGGGUCUAAAAGUGUUUUCAUCAGUCUAUUCUGAAUCUUCUGUACACCAUGCAAAAUUUUAUAUACCUCUAUCAUGUCCCUUAGUUACCUUCAAAACAAAAAUCUGAACAGUGGAGAUCUUUGCACAUAGGAAAGGUACUGCAGCCCUCUGAUAAUUUUGGUUGCCCUUUUCUAUAUUUGUUCCCUACAGUAUACAUUUUAAAAUGAGACUAACCAAAGAGGCUUUUCCCUAUAUUUGAAUUUAAAAUGUGAGCCUCCCUGCUCUCCCCCCUUAUUAACUUAAUGACCUAUUUCAUUCUAAUGGGUGUUAGUGAUAAAGGUGGAAAGUGCUUAGAAAGGAAGAUGGAGAAAAUGGCACUUCAUUGAAGUACAGAGAAGAUUCCUGUACUGCUGUUGUGCCAUGUGAGGCUCCUGGAUGUAGGCAAACUCUUGCAGCUCUGGUUUUUGUUUUUUGUUUUAACGUAGGAUUAAUUCCUUGGGGUUUUCAUUUUUGUUUUUGUGGAUCAUUUUGAAAUGAUUCCCUAUGGCAAAAUUCCCAUUUUGAGUCAGGACAAACUGCAGGUUGGGCUAAAACUGUCACUGCUGAGUAGUGAAAUACUUUUGCUUUGGCCUUGCAGUUUGAAAAAACUUUUGCCCCUUAGGAAAACCCUCCACAUUUAGUCCACAGCACAUCCAUCUAGCAGUUUACCUUUGGUUUUGAUGCCAGCACUGAAAAUUAUUUUUGGCUGCCAACUUCUGCUGAACGAAUGGAAGGUCCUCCCUGUUCCCUUUUCCAUGUGUGAUUUGCCCUGACUGUCCCCGCCUGAUGCCUUGAAUUGCCUGAAUUAGAGGAAGCUGCCUUUAGGGUGGCAGUCUUGCAGCCAGCAUAUUCCAGCCAGUUGCUUUUCUUGCUCUCCAAAGGGUGCUGAAUGCUAACGCUUUUGCUGUGCUGCGAGAAGUUGCACACCCUUCCUACCUGGCAGAUCUCACUGAAGAAGGCCUGCCACAUUAGUGUGGGAAGUUGAUUGUUAACUGAGUCACUUUGUGUCUGUAGCAGGGGAACUUCAUUCCAAGGAAGGAGUAGUUACCAUGCAUGCCUUUUUAUUGGGGUCCCUAAUUAUUGCCUUUGAGGCCUGUACAAGCUGUGACUCACCAAGCCAAACACAGCCCACCAGCCAUGUCCUGUGACCUGGUAAAGGCAUCCGUACCACCUCCAAUUUUGGAGUUCUGGGCAGAUAACACUGAUGGCUUAUAUUUAGCUUGGUGAGCUCACAAGCUGAGCAGGUCUGCCUUAGUGUUAGCAAUAUGCUUUAUAAUUGGGUGAAGUUAACAAGGCUUAUUAAGACUGCACAGCCCUACCAAACAUCAGCCAUCUUUAAAAGAAAACCUAACCACACAGUCCUCGGUGUACUUGCAAGUUUCUCUGAUUUCAGUGCAAGUUAUUUUCAUGAAAUAUGCUUAGGAUUUGAGCUUUAUUGCAGUCCUGAAAAAGUCUGGGAAUUUUUUUGAAGUAGCUGCUCUUCUGGUAAAAAUAUUGUGAGGAUUAGUAACUUGUUCCUUGAAUCUUCUUGCUUUACCAGGUGUGUCCUGGGAUCAGCAAACCAUUUAGCAGAUAUUUUACUAGUCAAUUCAGAGUCCCUAAAGGUUCCCUUUAAGAGCUGAUUAAGUACAAGAACUGUAGAAAGCUCCUACUUCAGUACUUCUGAAUGCAGAGGUUGAAUAUAAAACAGACACCCCCUGUCCAUCCUACUUCACAGUUCCUUUUGAAUUAGAACUCUUACUUUGCAAUCUUUUUACAUGUAAUUGUGUGAGAGUUCUGGAGGGGUAUUUACCUCUUUCUUGUACUUCUAUUUUACAGCCAGAGUCAUUUAUAUAAGAAGAAUGUAGGUUGGGUUUUUGUGAUUUUUAAGAAACCCAUCAGUUGGACAAAGAUGUGCUGGCACUUUAAAGUUGCAUUCUGCAAAAACAAAAGUUCCUUAGGCAAAGAUGGGAAACUGCUGCAGGCAGUUGCAGGGCUUGUGGCUGGCCUGGCAUCCAGCUCCCAGGAAUGUAUGGAGCAUGCUGUGGCUCAGCCUGCUCCCCCCACCCCCGAUUGGGGUGUGGGAGGUGGUGUCAGCACAGUGGUUUGCUUUGCUGAAUCAUAUUUUUAAUGGCUCCAAAGGCAUGACAUGUGUAUCCAAACCACAACUGGAACCUCUUGCUAACCUUAGCUAGUUUAAGUGACCUGACGUUGCCCGUUGCAUUAAUGUAACUGGUCAACAGUGAGUUUUGUAUUUCUGUGUGUUCCUUACACUCCUCUUUCUGAAUAAGUUAUAUUUUCUUAUUUAAUAUUUAUUUAAUUUAUUGUGUCCCAUGCACAGAUGUCAAGCUGUCCCUCCAGUAAAUAAAAGGUUGAAACCCA